AUGCAAAAGAUCAAAGAAGAACCGGAUAUUAGCAGUAUAUAUGAAAAUUCUAUCUAUGAUCCUUCAAUUGAUUAUCUUGCUGCUGAAAUUCCAAUUUUUACUUCAACAGGCGAUAACGCUCAAACAAUGAACGUUGCUAAGAAUAUCAGUUUAAUACUCGGAAGUGAAACAGAUUGUAUGAAUUCAAGGAUAUGUAAUGGUCCAUUAAAAGCAGGCACUAGAUACAAAGUGCUUGUUGGAGGUUGUACAGCGGUCGGCUGUACAUAUGUUCUUUCAAAAGCAUUUAAGACAAAAUCACGUGAGUUAUUUUCGACAUUUUGA